GGUGCCGAGUCCCAAUAGGCGAACUGAUCAUAGACUCCGCCGGCUGGAGAGGACGCCUUCCCUCCCUCGCCUCCCAAGAUGGCGCAGCAGGUGAACAUCACGGAGCUUUCGCUGCCGCAGCUGGAGGUGCUGAAGAACCAGCUGGACCAGGUGAGGAAACGAGCCUUAGCGAGUGGGGGCGAGAGGGUGGGGUGGGGAAUGAACGGCCGGCCGCUUCCCGCUCAAACUAGCCUGAGGCGGGAGAGGGAGGCUGGGCGGCCGCGCCUAAGGCAGCCAUGGGGUAGGAAAUGAAUCGGGGAUUUAAGGCAGAGAUGGGGGACCUGGGCUUCCCUUUGCCCGCCCCACAAAAAUACCACCUUCUAAGGCUCCGCUGGACUGCGACUCCCAUCAGCCCCAGCGAGCAUGGCCAGUGGUCGGGGAUGAUGGGAGUUGGAGUCCCAACCGCCAGGUUCCCCGCACUCGAUUUAAGGCAUUUUUGAAAUGCCCCAUGGCAAGGAAAAAUUCAAGUGUGUCUUACAGGUUCCAUUUAUGCCCGUGUUUUGAAAGCAGUGUGUCCUGUAGAAAACAAAAUACAGUGGUACCUCAGGUUACAUACGCUUCAGGUUACAUACGCUUCAGGUUACAGACUCCUCUAACCCAGAAAUAGUACCUCAGGUUAAGAACUUUGCUUCAGGAUGAGAACAGAAAUCGGGCUCCGGCAGCGCAGCGGCAGCAGGAGGCCCCAUUAGCUAAAGUGGUGCUUCAGGUUAAGAACAGACCUCCUGAACGAAUUAAAUACUUAACCUGAGGUACCACUGUACAUAAUGGUUUUUAAAAAUGCAUGGGUGCUGUUAAUUUGCCAUUAAAGUUUGGGUCACAAUUCAAACAAGAAUAAUCACACCACCCCAUCAAAAAAGGCCAAUGCUGUCCUAGGCCGCCUCAGCGGAAAUACAGUGCCCCGGGGAUCAAGGGAAGUCAUCGGAUUGCUCUUAUUCUGCCUUGGGUCAGACCACGCCUGGAAGAACUGUGUCCCAUUCCGGGCACCACAGUUUAAGAAAGAUGCUUAGAAGCAAAGGAGGGCAGAUCGAGGGUCUGGAAACCCAGCAAAAUGAGGAAUGGUUGAGGGGGGUUAGGUAUGUUUAACCUGGAAAAGAAGAGACCGAGAGGAGUUAGGAUUGCCACCUUCAACUAUCUCAAGGGCUGUCACAUGGAGGAUGGAGCGAGCUUGCUCCAGAGGCCACAACCUGAAGCAACGGAUUCAAGUUACAAGAAAGGAGAUUCCUGCUAAACAUAAGGAAGUAAUUUCUGACAGCUAAGAGUUGUUCGAUAGUGGAUGGGACUCCCUUGGGAAGUUGUGGGUGCUCCUUCCUUGGAGGUUUUUGAUCUGUCAUAGACGCUUUAUUUGAGAUUCCUGUGUUGCAGGGGUUGGACUAGAUGACCCUUUGAGUUCGUUUCAACUCUACAAUUCUAUGAUACUUGAAAGUACGUUCUACGGGACUCAGUGGGAGCAUGCUCCCCAGUCAUAGAAUCAUAGAAUCAUAGAGUUGGAAGAGACCACAAGGGCCAUCGAGUCCAACCCCCUGCCAAGCAGGAAAUACCAUCAGAGCACUCCUGACAUAUGGUUGUCAAGCCUCUGCUUAAAGACCUCCAAAGAAGGAGACUCCACCACACUCCUUGGCAGCAAAUUCCACUGUCGAACAGCUCUUACUGUCAGGAAGUUCUUCCUAAUGUUUAGGUGGAAUCUUCUUUCUUGUAGUUUGGAUCCAUUGCUCCGUGUCCGCUUCUCUGGAGCAGCAGAAAACAACCUUUCUCCCUCCUCUAUGUGACAUCCUUUUAUAUAUUUGAACAUGGCUAUCAUAUCACCCCUUAACCUCCUCUUCUCCAGGCUAAACAUGCCCAGCUCCCUCUCAUCCAGUGUGGAUGAGGACGCAGCUCGGCCUCCUUUUUGCAAGGUCUCCAGUGGAAGGGAGAAGGGCCAGAAUCAAGGGCUGGGGGUGGGAAGAGAAAGCUAAAUUCUUCACUUGAGCAGCAUUUAGUGGACGCCUCUGAGCUUCCUGCCUCAUCAUCCUGUGAAGCUCAGGAUCUGAGCCUCAGGGGAUCUGGGUAUCCCUACUCUCAGGAGGGGACGCGGGUGGCGCUGUGGGUUAAACCACAGAGCCUAGGAAGGUCGGUGGUUCGAAUCCCCGCGACGGGGUGAGCUCCCAUUGUUCGGCCCCUGCUCCUGUCAACCUAGCAGUUUGAAAGCACGUCAAAGUGCAAGUAGAUAAAUAGGUACCGCUCCAGGGGGAAGGUAAACGGCGUUUCCGUGUGCUGCUCUGGUUCGCCAGAAGUGGCUUAGUCAUGCUGGCCACAUGACCCAGAAGCUGUACGCCGGCUUCCUCGGCCACUAAAGCGAGAUGAGCACCGCAACCCCAGAGUCGGCCACGACUGGACCUAAUGGUCAGGGUUCCCUUUACCUUACUCUCAGGAGUACCAUACUGCUUUUGAAGCAGAGGGCUUUGAGUAAGAUUGGAUCUCCAUGAACUUUAGAUUUUUUGGUAACCUACCUACCUCUUUACUGUGGAGAUUCAAUCCCUUGCAAAUAUUUGUGUAGUAAAUGCAUGCUUUCUUUUUUUAUCACUUCCUUGACCUGGUUUGUGAUGCUAUGGGAAGAUCAGGUAGCCUCAGUCUUCAUUGUCUUCUUCACUUCAGUAAUCCUUUCAACAUUUUGAUGUUAUCUUCCUGUUAAGAGAUUGGGAAGUGAGGGAUGAAUCACCCCCCUCACUUUGUAGUCUUUCCCCUCCUCCAAGUGAUUGCAGAACUUUGUGAGUGUCCUCCAACGCUUACAGGGCUUUUUGAUGGGAGCAGUUGGUGUUUCAUUGAAGCAAUAUCCCACCAUUACUAGAGUAAUGUUUGUAGUACUUAUAGUAGAAUAGUGGCCCCUGGUGGCAACAAAGUUAUUGAAUCUGAGCCUUGAUUUUUGUAUGCCUUCUAUAGGAAGUGGAGUUCCUUUCUUCAUCCAUUGCACAACUUAAGGUGGUGCAGACAAAAUAUGUGGAAGCCAAGGACUGUCUGACAGUUUUGAAUAAAACCAAUGAAGGCAAGUGACUCUUUAUUUUAAAAUUUAUAUCCUGAUUUCCCGCCCCCGAAAAAGAGGAAUUCAAAGUGGGUUACAACAAUGAAAAUGCAGAACAUUGACACAAAUACUAAAAGUUAGUAGUGAUGUAUAAUGAUUGUGUUAACUUUAGGUCAAACAUCUUCCUUGUUCUACUCCUUAGAAUAUGAGCGAAACAUACCUUACUGUGGUUUCUUAGAAAAUGGUAUGAAAGAUGAUAUGAAGGAGCUCAAUGGUAGUUCCUUCAACUCAGAUGUGUUUUUUUAUGUUUUACAAAAGUAACCAAUAAAUUACAUGGCACAAUUGGAUUCUGACUUUGACAAAUCAUUAUUGUGGAGAUGCUCUGUAAUGUAAAUGUCCUAUAUUUUUGUCUCAUCAGGUAAAGAGCUACUGGUCCCACUUUCCAGCUCUGUAUCCUUUCUGCAAGGAGUUGUUGGUAUGGCAGCAACACAGCCUACCGCGCAUAACCUUUCUCCCUUAAGCAGCCAUUCUUUUCCUAUAAUUUGACCGUUGGAUUAAUCUGCAACAAAGUGUCUAGAACAGGCACGUGGAACCUGUGGUUUGCAGAUGUUGCUGAACUACAGCUCCCAUCAUCCUAACCAUUGGCCUUGUUGGAUGGGCCUAAAAGGAGUUGAAGUCCAACAAUAUCUGGAGAGCCACAGGCUCCCGAGCCCUGGCAUAAAACUUUUCAGGGAGCAGCAUCUCUCAUAGAAUCCUUCCAUCCUCUCAUCUGACCACAUUUGUGGAGAUACCUUAUUAGAAGAGUAGAAGAGUAGAAACAUCUUAGUUCUCUCUGGAGCCCAUUUCAGGGUUCAGAGUAAAAGGCUUUAGCCUUUGGGAGUUGUUCAGCAGCUGGGUUGAGCAGAUACAUCUUGCACUGGCCGUCUGGAUUUUUUAUCUUCAGCACUUGUGUACUCCUAUUCCCCGUGGUUCUUGAUUUUUGUCCAACUACCCCAACUGUUAGGGACGCGGGUGGCGCUGUGGGUUAAACCACAGAGCCUAGGACUUGCCGAUCAGAAGGUCGGCGGCUCGAAUCCCCGCGACGGGGUGAGCUCCCAUUGUUCGGCCCCUGCUCCUGUCAACCUAGCAGUUUGAAAGCACGUCAAAGUGCAAGUAGAUAAAUAGGUACCGCUCCGGGGGGAAGGUAAAUGGCGUUUCCGUGCGCUGCUCUGGUUCGCCAGAAGUGGCUUAGUCAUGCUGGCCACAUGACCCAGAAGCUGUACGCUGGCUCCCUCAGCCAAUAAAGCGAGAUGAGCGCUGCAAUCCCAGAGUCGGUCAUGACUGGACCUAAUGGUCAGGGGUCCAUUUACCUUUACCUUUUUACCCCAACUGUUUUUGGACAAAUGAUUGGUUUUGGAAUAAGCGGUACACAUUUGUUUAAACCAAAGUUGAAUGGUUUAAGUAAGCCGGCUGCAAUUGGAGAAGGCACCCCUUGGGAACUGUAUCCCCAGUUGUUUUGACAACUCAUGCCUUUAAUAAUGUUGGAUAUUUUACAUAUGUCAUAAUGGAGACUUGAGUGUCCGUGAUGUCAGCUUAUAACUGUGACCUCAUCAUAUCAUGUGGUGCUGCAACCUCAGGCUUAAAGAUCAUUUGCAUCUUCAGGCUAAAACAGCUCACUGGGCUGCUGUUGACCAAUCAAGGUAAAAUAUCCAGUCUUGUCUGGAUUGAGCUUCUAUGUAUUGGCUGUCAUUCCGUCCGUUGGUAAGACAUCAGUCUAGCAAAUCGUAGCUUGGGCAUCCGUGUGGUCCACAUGGAAGAGCCAUACACAAGUUGUGGGCUACCUGCAUGUCACAUGGUUCCUCCCUGUUCCUUCUGCGUUUCCUUAACCUCUCUCACAGAUGUACGUUCCUGGGAAGCUUUCUGAUGUUACCAAUGUCUUGAUAGAUGUAGGAACAGGUUACUAUGUAGAAAAGGUAAGACAUCCGUUCUUGAGAUUCACGUGGAAUUCUUAUUAAAGCAGCUGCAUGGUUUGAGUUCAUGUGAAAUGUUGGGGCCUGCUAUGGUCUAAUGCUCCAGUACUUUUUGCCUUGAACUGUUGGGUUGAGUUGAACCGUUCUCAAGGCAGAUUUUGGUAUUCUGCCUGAAUGGACUGUUUCUGGGACUCUCAAUAUGGAUGAGUUUUUGAGGGGCCCUGGAGGCUUAUCAGCCCGCCCUCUUUGUCACAUUUCCCAUCAUUUGUGUCUGGGCCAGGGGAUGGGAGGCAAUGUCAUUGAGAAUGUACAAAUUGCAUUCCCAUACCACUGUAUAACCAUAGCCGGCUUCAUAAACAGGGGAUUUGAAUCAGAGAUCCAGGAAAGGGAUUUCUUGACAAAUAGGAUUGUUUUGAUUUGAUGGAUUGCAUUUCUCUGCUGCUUUUCCAUUCAAAUGAACCCCAAAAGUGGCUUACAAACAAUAAAUAAAAAUGACAUAAUAGAACCUCACAAUUGCAGCAUAAAUCAUAUAAUAUAAUUAACAAAACAAUUACAAUAUUAACAAACCAGCAACUAGAAAAUAAGCUAAGAACCACAUUAACAGCAUAAGUCAUAUGAUAUGAUUAACAAAUCAGCAAGGCAUUUAUAACCUAUAUAACAAUAUUAACAAAAUAACAGCUAUAAAAAUAAGCUAAGCAUUCUUAAGUUCAUACAGAAACACACUCUCUUACUUCCAAUGACUCAUAAAACUUUGGCUCUAUUCAGUUCAUUAAAAUAGAAUUCUGCUAAGGAGGAAGCUUCCAUUUCGUAUGUAAUAUCUGUGCCUGUAGAUUGCAUCAAAGAUUUAUGCUGCUAGUGUGCCUGGAAGAGCACAUUCCCUCCAUGGGAAUUAGUAAGAAAAAUGGAAUUGGGGACCAACAAUGGGCUCCUCAACAGUUUUUGGUCCCAGCAGAUGCUCAGUUCUGCCCAUUGUUUUUUCUGGCUGUCUCUAGAAGAUUGGUAAAUGGAUUCCAGUGUGGAUUGGUCCAACAGUAUGGAUUACUGUGUGUUGCUGGGGAGCUGAUGCCAUGGGCCCUUUCAGCAUUUUAAGAUAGAUCCAUGUUUUUUGAUAGCGACCACACCAUCCGGCAUCAAAUAUGAAAUGGCCCAUGAAUAGACUUGUUACUGGAAUAGGCCUAACCUGAAAAGGAACAAAUGUUCCUCUUUGGGCAUUGUGUCUGACAAACUUGAAAGAGAAGGUCAAACAGUUCCAGUAAGUCUAGUAAAAUUUCUUAGCAGGGGUUUCGUAUAUCCAAAGAGACAGACUCUAUGGCAGGUGCGAGUAUAAAAGAUUCAGAGCACACCAGACUGGUUAAGGGUUUAAGUCGGGCCUCCCGUAUGUUGUUGGACUACAGCUCCCAUCAUCCUUUGCUGACUGGGGCUGAUGGGAGUUGUAGUCCACAGCAUUUGGAAGGGCACCAGAUUGGAGAAUUCAUAAUUGUUUUGAAUAUGCCUCCUUAGCGGUUUAAGGGUCUGGCUCAGCAUCCUUUGUCUAGAAAGCUAUUUUGAGGAUAUCCACCAAGUGCAUUUGAUGUUGCAGUCAGUGGAUGACGCCAGAGAUUUCUUCAAGAGGAAGAUUGAUUUCCUGACGAAACAGAUGGAGAAAAUCCAGCCGGCGCUCCAGGAGAAGCACGCAAUGAAGCAAGGUGGGGCCUGAGGGCAGGCAAAGCCCUGGAAUUGGUGAGGCUCCAUUUUGAUCUGAGCAGCUGUGGCUGGGGUGAAGUUCUUUACUCUUCUUUGUUUCUUCUUUUGCAGCUGUAAUAGAGAUGAUGAGCCAUAAGAUUCAGCAACUAACAGCAGCGGGGACCUCACAGGCAGCCGCAACAAAGGCCUAGCAAACACUGGUCACACACAUGCCUUCGCAGUUCACCAUUUUGUGAUGUAAACCCGAUUUUGCUGCCCCAGGACACAGUUGUCCAUUCAGCUGUGCAGCUGAGGGUGAGGAGGGGGUGGGGCGUUAGUUGCUUUAAUAAAUACGGGAUUGUGAUAUAACAAAAUCUUUUAUGGGAACAAUGACCAUUUUGAGGAUCCCAUCCUUUUAAGGCGACGGGCUUUCGCCAGUUUUAUUCUUGGGGUGGUUGUUAUGUAUUGCCGAUUGUGACAUGAGAUGGCCUUUCAUUUUUAAAGCCCAGUGGGGAAUUUUUGUCACUUGUAAAUGGAAUUGUACAAAAUAAAUUGGUAGGAUGAGAGAAAAUGCAAUGUGUGUGGACCCGCUAGUGUGAUCUUCAGAAAUGGGAGGCGAAGGCAAGGAACUGGGAAAUAGAAGUGAGCAGCUGUUAACCUCUUUAGAUCUUGGGCAAAUAACAUUAAUCAGAUAUAUG